CUACGUCUGACGCUAUUCCCGAAAGCUACCGCGCCGAUUUUCAGCGGAAGUUUCGUGUUUGUGGAUUGAACCUGCGUUAUAAACGUUUUCCCCCGACGCUCGUUGAUCAAAGUUAAGUUUGGGACGUGCUCAAUGCGAGCGUCUUCUUGUCAGAAGGAGUCACCAGCAACAGCAUCACUUAGCGCCGCAGCUCCCAGUGCUCCUAAGAUGUCCGCUCAAAUCAUAAGUGGGAAAGAAGUUUCAGCGCAGGUGAGGGAGCGUCUGAAGAAGGAUGUGGAGCAGAUGAAGCUUCAGGACCCCAACUUCUCUCCAGGUUUAGUGGUUUUACAGGUUGGAGACCGCGAUGAUUCAAAUCUGUACAUCAACAUGAAGUUGAAGGCAGCAACAGAGAUUGGAAUAAAUGCCACACAUACGAGACUUCCAAAGACGGCCACCGAGGAGGAGGUUCUUCACAAAAUCACAGAAGUGAACGAGAACUCGUCCGUCCACGGCCUCAUCGUGCAGCUGCCUUUAGACUCGAUCCACAAAAUCAACACAGAGAAGGUCACCAAUGCCGUGGCCCCAGAGAAGGAUGUAGAUGGGCUCACCAGCAUAAAUGCAGGGAAACUGUCUCGUGGGGACUUGGGUGAAUGCUUCAUUCCCUGCACGCCAAACGGCUGCAUGGAGUUAAUCAAACAAACUGGUGUGUCUGUGGCAGGGAAGAGAGCCGUGGUCCUCGGCCGCAGUAAGAUCGUGGGCGCGCCGAUGCAUGACCUGCUGCUGUGGAACCAUGCCACGGUCACCACCUGCCACUCCAAAACUGCUGAUCUUGCUGGAGAGGUGGGAAAAGCAGACAUCCUAGUUGUCGGCAUCGGCAAAGCACAGAUGGUAAAAGGAGACUGGAUCAAGAAGGGAGCGGUGGUCAUCGACUGUGGCAUCAACCACAUUCCAGAUGAGACUAAAGCCAGUGGGAAGCGGGUAGUGGGUGAUGUGGACUACGAAGCCGCUAAGGAGCAGGCCGGCUUCAUCACUCCAGUGCCGGGCGGUGUUGGACCCAUGACUGUGGCCAUGCUGAUGGCGAACACAGUGCUGAGUGCAAAGCGCUUCCUGGACGGACAUCAACCAGGGAAGUGGAACAUUUCUUUCACCAAACUCAACCUGCUGAAACCUGUGCCGAGUGACAUCGUGAUCUCUCGCUCCUGCGUGCCCAAGCCCAUUGACCAUCUGGCAAAGGAGGUGGGCCUGCUCUCUGAUGAGGUGGAACUCUAUGGAAAGACGAAGGCAAAGGUCCAGCUGAACAUCGUCAAACGCCUGCAGGCUCAGCCAGAUGGCAAAUAUGUAGUGGUCACUGGCAUUACACCCACUCCUCUUGGUGAGGGAAAGAGCACCACCACCAUCGGACUGGUUCAGGCCCUGGGAGCCCACAUGAACAUGAAUGUGUUCGCGUGUGUCCGACAGCCUUCUCAGGGACCCACCUUUGGCAUCAAAGGUGGUGCUGCAGGCGGUGGAUAUUCUCAAGUCAUUCCAAUGGAAGAGUUCAACCUUCAUCUCACCGGUGACAUUCACGCCAUCACGGCCGCCAACAACUUGGUGGCUGCCGCCAUCGACGCUCGCAUGUUCCACGAGUCCACGCAGUCUGACAAGGCACUGUACAACCGCUUGGUCCCGCUCAGUGGAGGAGAGAGGAAGUUCUCCCCCAUCCAGAUCAACAGACUGAAAAAACUGGGCAUAGAGAAGACCGAUCCUUCCACUCUCACUGAGGAAGAGAUCACCCGCUUUGCUCGUCUGGACAUUGAGCCAAGCGCUGUCACCUGGCACAGAGUGUUGGAUACUAAUGAUAGAUUCCUGAGAAAGAUCACUAUCGGCCAGUCGCCUACUGAAAAAGGAUACACGAGAGAGGCCCAAUUCGACAUCACGGUGGCUAGUGAAAUCAUGGCGGUGCUGGCACUCACCAGCAGCCUGGAGGACAUGCGUCAGCGUCUGGCCAAAAUGGUCGUGGCCACCAGCCGCGGUGGACAGCCAAUCACCACAGAAGAUCUGGGUGUGAGUGGUGCCCUAACUGUGCUCAUGAAAGAUGCGAUAAAGCCAAACCUGAUGCAGACGUUGGAGGGUACUCCUGUGUUUGUCCAUGCCGGCCCCUUUGCCAACAUUGCCCAUGGCAACUCCUCCAUCUUGGCUGAUAAAAUAGCUUUGAAGUUGGUUGGACCCGAGGGGUUUGUAGUGACCGAGGCUGGUUUUGGCGCCGAUAUCGGCAUGGAGAAAUUUUUUAACAUCAAGUGCCGCUACUCGGGCCUGAGGCCACAUGUGGUGGUGUUGGUGGCGACUGUCCGAGCCCUGAAGAUGCACGGCGGAGGACCAACUGUUACUGCUGGAAUGCCACUGCCAAAGGAAUAUGUGGAGGAGAACCUUGAGCUCCUGGAGAAGGGCUGCAGCAACAUGAAGAAGCAGAUCGAGAAUGCACAGCACUUUGGUGUUCCCGUGGUGGUAGCAGUCAACGGUUUCAAGACGGACACAGAGGCUGAGCUGGACUUGGUCUGCAGCAUGGCUAAAACCGCCGGAGCGUUCGACGCCGUGCGAUGCUCCCACUGGGCUGAGGGCGGAGCCGGGGCAGUGGCCCUCGGUCAGGCCGUCCAGAGAGCCUCUGCAGCGCCCAGCAACUUUAAGUUCCUCUAUGAUUUGGAGUUACCUAUUGCUGAUAAGAUUAGAAUAAUUGCCCAGAAGAUCUACGGAGCAGAUGACAUCGAGCUCCUGCCAGAUGCCCAACAUAAGGUGGAGCUCUACACCAAACAGGUCAGCAGCCUUCAUUUCUUUCUUUCAGUCACUUUGUGCAGCUUGUUUUGUUAGCUACUUACUUACUUA